GAACACGAUGUUGUUCAACAGCGCCAUUUUGGCUCCACAUGCGUGCAUGCCGCUUGCUUUGCCUUAGCGACCGGCCGGAUGUAUUUGCCGGGUACGGUUGACCUUCCGGGGUGAAAACCUCAGUGAAAUGGCUCCGGGGUCGGUGGUGAGGAGGUUGUUCUCCGCUGUGGCAGAAACAGCAGCUCCGGCCAAAGCCACCCGAUGGGAAAGACUGAAAAACAGCAAAGCGGGUGUGUGGUUUCGGAGCCUCCUGUCUGACUACAAAGAGGCAUGUCGGGAAGUGGUGGUUGGUGCCAAGGAGCGGCCAGUUAAAGCGUCCAUUUAUGUGGCCCUUCUGGGCGGGACCUGGGCCUGUUUCCAGUCAAAACCUGACGACUCGUCUUUCGACAAGGCCCUGCUCGAGCGCUCCAACCAGCUGGGCCUGCUGUCGGCGUGGAUCCGCAGCGGCGCCUCCGACAGCCACGUGCAGAACCUGAUUAAGCUCCGCAACGAGGGCCGGCUGCGCCACAUCAGUCUGGGGUUGCUCUCGGUCGUCUACCGCGAAGACUACGAUCCAGACACCAGCCUGUACGAAGCCCAGUGCUCCAACCUGUCAUUCCCCUGGAGGGAGCUCCCUCAGCGUGUGCUGGAUGUGGGCUUCGUCGGGCACUGGUGGAUCCUCGACCACAAGAUGAAGGACUAUGACAUCAACGAAGACGAGUUCAAGCACCUGCCGGCACACAUGCAGGCUACGUUGCCACCCAGCGUUGGCGAGGUGGAAAAGAAUGAGAGGUUGCACAAAGAAUCUUGGCUACCGCUGAAAAUGGAGGAGGAAGAAGUAACUGUAACUAAUGCAAAGGAGGACAGUGUUGUAGUGCAGGACCCAAGUAAAUGACUAAAAUGGACUCACGUUAAGAUCAGAUUUUUUUUUCAGUUUGCUUGAGGUGGACUGGAGAGUGUCAUUCUAGCCUCAGUUUGCCACUAUCCGGCUGGACACAAGUCAAACUCAAAGCCAGAGCUGCUGUGAAGUCUUUAUGACUAUAGUAAAUGUCUUAUAUCCAAAUGUAUCAUUCUAAUUAUUUGUUUUGAGUAUUUUUGAAUUGAAAGCAUUGUCUUUCAUUCUGAGCAAGCAGCAAAACCUCUGACUUGAUAUCAGGCUUUCUACAGAAUAACAGUCUCCAUUGUGAGCUUGCUGGUGUUCCAGCUUUGUGCUUAAAGUUACAAUGAAAUACAUGUAAUGUGUACCAGGGCACAUAUUUUAAAAAUUCAGCCAAAAGUGUGAGGUUUUAAUGCAGCUCUAUGAUAUAUAUGCUUCAGUUAGUGAUAUCUGGCAUUUCCCAGAAUGCUGUCUCAAAACAUGACAUAUCCUCUCCUCUAAUGCUAUGACAGGCAAAGAGUAGAUCAAUGACUCUUACAAUGUGGCUGCAUGUUUUAUCUGUGGUGAGGUGAGUCUAUCACUGCUAAUCCUCAGUUCUUUAGAGCAGUGCAGGGUCAGAUAAUAGGCAUCUUUCUUUCACUAACGAAGCUGGCUAAUUAUUCCACUUAUCGCAUUGCCUUUGACUUACCCAGUGUCAUUGUGGAACCUUAAUUUAGUCGGCAGGACAAAUCCUUGCUGUUCAGAUAAAUUUCUUUUUUACCCAUCUUAAUCCACCAUUGCUUAGCAUCAGUUUUGCACCCCUCUUUCCUGGUUCUCUGUCUCUAAAUUUUGUCUUGUCAAUGUUUUGUAAAGUCACCACAGUUGUUUGGAUUAUGACAUUAUGAAGGGCAGGGUCUGUGGUCAAUGACAUGAAACAACAUGCAUCUUUUGUUUCCAAACCCUUUUAUUUAAGACAAAAAUCCAAAGAAAUACAUGUUGUAUAUCAGAUAAUGAACAAGUGUGCUUCACAAGAAGCGAAUUUUGCUUUGAUGAAAUCAAACAUACAGUAUCAGCAGUUGCAGCCAGCAAAUGUAUGGUUUAAUUUUAAACUACAAAAUUAAAUCAGAAAUUUGAAUCUAACCCCUUACAAAAUGUACACUUAUUACUGUAUUUUGACUUUCCUGUAUGAAAGCAGGUGUUUGAAAACACAAUGAAGUGUCUAUUCCCAUGACAUGUUACAACAUUAAUGUCAAGGUAUUUUGUGUAAUUUGAUAAAACCAUUUGAGGCUCUCAUGAUGACUGUUUUUAUGGUUUUACUAGUAGUAAAUACAGUGGAGGUUUUAUAAAGUUCUGCAACCUUACAUACUCGCCAGUUAUUUUUCAGAAUGUUAGCUGGGGUGAAGCCCACCUGAAUGGCAGGAGGCUAACAGUUAGCAUUUGGAGCAUCCAGCCAGUAUCCAGCACUCAGUAACAAUGAGAGGAAGAUAGCACCACUACUGUCCUACACAACAGCUAGAGGGAAGCAAAAUAACCACAUUUUUCAAAAUAGGUGAACUAUCCCUUUUAAGGCUAUAAAACAAGACAUUUAAAGUCUCCAGUUGUGAACAGAUUGAAUUUUUAAUCCAUUUUGGAAUAGCUGCCCUCUUUUGAAAACCUUAUUUGUCAUAGGCCCUCAUUCAUUCUCAUCAGGACGCAUUUAUACCCCUCACCCAACCAAAUGUGUGUUUCUACAUCUUUGUCAUCAGUAGAACAUAUAGAAAUGAGAAAU